AUGGCGAGAUGUUCGAAUGUAGAGUCCUUAAUUGAGAAGUUCGGUAUUCAGAUGGAGUCUCCGGACACGGAUUUCAGAUUCAUGGCUCUUAAUGACCUGAUUAUUGGCAUCCAAUCCGGGUCGCUAACUCAGAAAGUUUUGAGCUGCAGGCUAGUUCAAAAAACUCUUGAACUUCUCCAAGACACCCACGGAGAGGUGCAAAGCCUGGCAGUCAACGCCGUUUCGGCCUUAUUCCCGGUAGUGGUGGAAGCGCAGAGCAUCUCAAUUGUGGAGGGGGUAAUUGCUGGAAUGUAUCGUUCUGGUAACGAGCGCUGUAACAGCGUGUCCGUUCUGGCAUUAAAAUCGCUGGUCAAUGCAACUCCUCCGGAUAACGUCAAACUCCUAUCCGUUCUUGCCACUCACUCGAUUCCUUCUCUGGUCGAGGCGGUCUGUAACGAUAGCUGCUCUAUUCAGGUUGAAUGCUGUGAAAUCCUUGGACAUAUGGUUUCGAGGUUCGGUGAACAUCUAAUACCCUCCUACCCCAACAUUCAAAAGUGCAUGCUCCGAGCCUUGAAUAGUUCGCAACCGGCUCUGCGCAAACGAGCUGUUCAAAUGGUCACAAACUUCAUUUCCUUUGAAGAUACUUACGCAGCUCUACUUAACUUUGUGUCAGACCGAUUUGAGAAGGUGAUGUGUCAAGCCGAUAUUGGAGUACGGCUCGAUAUGCCGCAACCCCUAGAGCAACAGGAGGAACUGACUAUAUCGUACUUUAAAGUCGCACUUCAGUGUCUCGUUGCAUUAGCUGGUGCUGGGCAUUGUCAAGCUCUCACUGACGGUACAAGGUUAGGUCAGCUCUACUUUGUUGCCCGUUUGGAAUGCUUGGAGUACUUCAGAGGUUACCUCGUUUUUUCCGCUCUUCUGGGAACUACGACUUGUUUGAACAGUAGAACGAAAUUGGAAAUGCUUCCAUGGCACCUAGGUGGCGAGUUUUGGUCCGAUGAAGGUUUGAUCAUUGAGGCUGGAGCUACGUCAAUGGCAGUUUUAUCGAAUUCAUCUCUUCCAUACUUUGUAACCACCGUUCACGAGAAAGUUGGUGUAGUGGAGGAAUUGAUGAUGGUGAUGAUGAAUGGUGGUGCAAGUUGCAAUGCUGAAUGCCUCGCUUCCCAAGCCUCCCACCUUCUCUAUGACGGACUGAUUCUUCACCUUCUGGACAGCGAUAUAAAUGACACCAUUAUGCCUCACUUGAAACACGAGUUCGGUGAUUUAUACUCAGGCGAUGCAGCCAAUGAAUUCAGGGAAUUGGGUCUCCAGUGUCUCUACAAUCUACUUCGGGCACGUCAACGCACCGCCACGCAGUCUUCACACCUGUCUCGUCUAUUGGAUACUAAAUUCCAAAAGAUCGUUUAUGUGCUGGCCAGUCUGGUGUGUUAUGAUCCCAACUGCGUUUCAACGUCCACUACGAAGGUGUUGGGUGGCAGCGGCGAUGACGACAAUUUUAAAGAUGCAGACGAUGAUGGCUCCCCCGUGGGCAUGGAUUACGAGAAUGACGGAGAAGAUGCCGACGACGACGAGGAGGGGGAUGAGGAAGAAGAUGAUACGAGCUGGAAGGUUCGACGCACCGCAGCCAAAGUGAUGGACGCAUGUGUUCAAGCCUAUCAGGAGAAGUUGGGACACUUUUAUGCCUACUUCGCUCCAGUACUCAUCUCUCGCCUAUCUGAGGAUCGAAAUGAGGCGGCACGACUGGAGGUGUUCAACUGCUUGAACACCAUGGUAAAGGCCACGACUUUGAAGAAUCCUAACAGUUUGAAGAUUCGCCUUCGUCAGCAAAGUUCCCAGUCCAUGCUUCUGCGACUCUUGCCAGGCAUUUUCCAGAGUAUACAGCCCUUCACUUCUGCCUCCUCAUCCAAACGCAGCAGUUCCCGAAUGAGUAGUCCUUGCGUAAAAACGACUCCUGCUUCUCACCAGGCGGUGCUGGCUCUUAUUCGUGCGCUGGCACUCGCGUUGCCCGGCCACCUCACCGACCAAUUGCUUACCAUUGUACAGAUGGUGAAGGGUGAUUUCAGUGAAAACUCGACAACUAACUCGGUGAAGAUCGACCUUCUCAGACUGUUGCAUCUGAUCAUCGAAACGCACGAAUACGAUAGCUAUAAAGAGCUCGCGGACACUCUCAAUGAGAUUGCGUUAACUGCGAUCUCGGAUGCCUUCUAUCGUGUUUGCUACGAGGGUAUGGAUCUGGCGCAAAUCCUCGUCCAACGGAGACCGCUGGAACACGUUGCUUCCAUGGUAUCUUUGUUCCCCGCCCUUUUGAAUCAGCUUAAAGUGGUCAAAUGUGACCUUGAAAUUAAGGAGAAGGCAAUGGUUACUGUCUCGACUUUCAUUGAACAAUUGGGGCAGGAUCUAAGUCCAGAAUGCCUUCAGGAUACGUUGGAUCAGUUUACCAAAUUCUUGGACAUCGAAACAACCCGAAUCCCCGCUAUUCGUUCGCUCUCCGUCAUCUUCGCGAGUCCGCUCAGUAUCAAGACAUGCCCUGUAUCGCGCGAUCUGACGAAAACACUGUUGGAGAUGCUACGAGCGCGCGACUGUCAUCUCCGUGCAGCCGCGACACAUUGUAUUACCGUGAUCUGCUCCCACUUUCCACGCGACUUUAUUCUGAACGAGGAUAAAAAUGUUGCGGCUAUCCUGCCUCUUCUUCCGGACCUUCUUAAUGAUCCCAAUCCUGCUGUAGUGCAAGAGGCCCUUGAAUUAGCCGCCGCUGUGUUGAAACAGUGCUCACGUUGUGAUGUGGUCCAGCAGGCUACGGUGGCCGACUUUUACACGGGAGAGAAAUUUCUGGACCCGGUGAUUGGCCUCACCCAUUCAAGCUCUAUUUCGUCGACUCUGUUGACCGCUCUCCUGCAUCUGAUGCAAAGUAUCGGUAUGUACAGACCCGAAUCUCAUAAGUUGUCUGUGAAGUUUAUGCUGGAAAAAGUGCUCGAACCGUUGGCAGACUAUACCUCCGUGGAGAUGAGUGAGAAUUUCCUACUAAUCAGGGAGGACUUAUCCAUCUUGGCGCGUGUUUGUGCUGAGUUGAUUCUGCAGUUGCCGCGCUACGGGCAGUUGAAUUCGAUUGACUCGACCAUGGAGGAGAUGGUAGCUGAACUGAAGAAAAAGACAACCCCUUACGCGAGACGUUAUCUGUACAUAAUUAUUUUCGGUGACGUUGGCUACAGAAUUGAUAUCAGUCAUCGUGGGGACGUCUUUGACAUUCUCAUGGACCACGUCGUUAUGAACAAGUCUAUUCUCCCCUCUACGGAUCAGCAACCACCUCCCUCAGAUGAGGCCCCGACUUCUUCAUCUCCGCUUCCUUCUUCCACGUCUGCGACAGCAUCAGGCAGUGGUAGCGGCUUUUCAGAGCUGCGACCCCUAGCCGUUGCAAGUUUGGGUCGUUUGAUUGCGGGAGAACCGUCGGUGACGGUCCACGAACUUCUGCAGUUCUUCCAUCAAGAGUAUGAGCAGAAUUUGGUGGUCUUCUACCUCUUACAGACGUUGCGACAGGCUAUCAUAAAUCUCGUUGAAGUCCGGUCCGCGGAAUACAUUUACCGCAAUGUGGAGGAGGUCUGGAAAAUUCUAAUGUCACAUGCAACCCAUCCCGAGGAGGGCACAAGGAAUACGGUGGCUGAAUGCCUCGGCAGGGUUACGCUUCUGCAGCCAGCGGAACUGGUUCCACGGCUACACGCUGAGCUGAAAUCCCCAAACUCCGCCUCCGAUAGUACCAUUCGGUGCACUCUUGUCACGGCCUUCAAGUAUCUUCUCUCCGUCGCCGCUAGCAUAAACUACCCGGACGACGAGAAUGGAAUGGCCUCAGUCUCAGACACCGCCAACAGCACCGACGCCUCCGUUACCACAUUAAAUGAUCGCCAGGAGCUCGUCCAGAUCCUGUUGCAAGACUCCCGAUUCCUCGAUGUCCUCGCGUACAUCCUGGACCGUGACCCAGAUGUUUGCCGCGCCGCGCUGAUCACCUUCAACACAGCGGCUCAUUUCUGGCCCACCCUGAUUCGUCCGUUGUUGAUCGCUCCGAUUGGUCCGAAACAGAAGCCUCUUGUGGAAGAAGUAUAUCGAGGCACGGUGGUGAGACAGGAUCUCAUUCGAGAGGUGCAGAUGGGACCUUUUAAAGUGUACUUCGACGAUGGGGUCGAGUUGAGGAAGACGGCCUACGAGUGCAUGUCAACCCUGCUGGAGAACCACACGGAUCGUCUUUCGAUGAGUACUCUUCUGGAUCCCCUCAUUGAAGGACUGCGGGACAACAAUCACGUGAAACUCGUCGUUUGUCACAUUCUUCGAAGGGUCAUUCAACUUGCUCCUAUUGAUAUUGUUAGAAAAAUGCCAGAGCUGUCCCAGGCGCUGACGGCCAUCCUGCAACUUCAACCAAAAGGCGACCUGGUGAAACGGGAGACAGAGAAGUUGGAGGAAGUGAAGUCUUGUGCUCUCUCAGUCAUUGCCGAUUUUCCAAAAAUCCCCGAUAUGCGCAAAAAUCAAUUCUUUUGCGAGUUGAUAAAGGUCAUUCGAUCCGAAAAGACACUCACCUCCAUGUGGAUGGAAGUGGUGGGUGGUGAGUCGUUCUUGACGAAGGUUUGA